GCCGGGAGGAGCUGCGCGGGCAGCGCCCGGGGCACUUCCGCGCCUCGGGGGGCACCGUGCCCGUGAGGGCUCGGCGGGAUCCUGCCCUGCCUCGGGUAGGGACGGACUCGGCCGCAGAGCUGCGUUCAGAACCCGUCAGCGCGGUUAUUUGUUUGCCACCAGCACAGCCCCGUGUGCAGCCCCUGCCUGCUCUGCAGCAGCUGCAGGGAGGCCUCCAGGAAGUCCUGGCAGCGGUGUGAAGGCAUCAGUCCAACAGUGAGACAGGCAAGAGGAGCAGAAGGCUUCUACCUACCGCAGACGUCUUGUGAGAAUCAGCAGAGGAGGCCUUGCAGAGGGCCUUGCCCCUGCCCAGCACAGCCAGAGCUGCUGGCACCCCCAGGACCUGCUGAUGGAGGCUUUACUGGAAGGAAUGCAAAGAAACGGGCAGGGCAGUGGUGGGUUCCUGACUUCGUGCGAGGCCGAGCUGCAGGAGCUGAUGAAGCAGAUCGACCUCAUGGUGGCUCACAAGAAAGCUGAAUGGGAAGGCCAGACCCAGGCUUUGGAAGCUUGCCUGAGUGCCCGGGAGCAGGAGCUGGCCUCUGCCAAGGCUGCUCUGCAGGAAGCACGGAAGGAGGCUGGCACCCUGCGCCACCAGCUACAAGAGAUGGAAAGAGGCAAACAGGAGGUGGCCAGAGAGUAUCAACAGCAGCUGAAGAAAUUCCAGGAGGAGUUGUCCAGGCUGAGGAGGAGCUAUGAGAAGCUGCAGAGGAAGCACCUGAGAGAAGCAAGAGGAGAAGGCAACAUGAGACAAGGGGAGGAGCAGUCCGAAAUGAGCCGACUGACCAGGAAGCUGGAGGAGUUCCGCCAGAGGUCGCUGGACUGGGAGAAGCAGCGCCUGCUCUACCAGCAGCAGGUGGCAUCCCUGGAGGCGCAGAGGAAGGCUUUGGCUGAGCAGUCUGAGCUCGUUCAGAGCCAGCUGGCCAGCCGGAAGCAGGCGCUGGAGGUGCUGGAGCUGGCCAGCAGCUCCGAAAUCCAGCACUUGACCAGCAAGCUGGAGAGGGCCAACGAUGCCAUCUGUGCCAACGAGCUGGAGGUGGAGAGGCUGAACAUGAGAGUGGAUGACCUGACGGAAGACAAUCAGAGCAUUCGGGAAGAUCAGCAAAGAGCUCAAGAGGAGCUGAGGCAAUCCAAGAAAAUGUUAGAGGUGCUGGAGGAUGAGAAGAUGGAACUCAAAGCCACCCUGCAGUCUCAAGAAGAUUUUAUUGACAGCUCCAAGCUGCACCAGGAGCAGCUGCAGAAGGAGCUGGCCAGGGUGAACGAAGCUCUCCAAACAAAAGAGCUGCUCAUCAGGGCCCUGGAGGAGCGCUUGCAGGAGCAGCAGUUGUCUUCUCCAGGGCUGCAGUCUGUGCUGGAGCAGCUGGCUGCUGCCCAGAGGAAGGAGCAGCACUUGCAGUCAGAGCUGGUGCAGCUGGAGAACAGCCUGGUGUCCUCUAAUGCAAGGUGUGCAGAGCUGCGUGCAGAGCUGGAUGGGAGCACCCGAGAGCUGCAGUCCCUGCAAGAGCAGCGUGCCAAGGCCAGGGCAGAGGCUGAAAAGCUGAAGGAGCAGCUCUCUCGAGCUGAACAGAUCCACAAGAGUGAGCUCGAGGGGAUGAGGAGGGAGGUCUGCAGGCUGACCCAGGAGCUGCACCAGCGAGACGUUGCCAUCGCCUCUGCCAGCGGCUCCACCUCGGACCUGGAGCAGCAGCUGAGAGUGGAGAUCGAGCGAGCAGAGAGGAAAGCGGUGGAGCACAGGGUGCUCCUGGUGCAGCUGGAGACCUUGCGGCUGGAGAACCUUCACCUGGCUGAGAUGCUGGACAGCGCCGAGGGCAGGAGGCUGCAGGGGAAAGGUGGCACCUCCAGAGCACGUGGUGAAGACUCUGCUGCUGAGCUGGAUAAAUUGAGGGCUGAGAACCAGCAACUGCAGAAGGAUCUGGCAGAGGCCAGAGCAAAACUGGAGCUCGCUCAGCAGCCCUGCCAGGAUGAAGCCCAGGGCGCUGCUCAGCAGAUGCGAGAUGAGGAGCCUGAGGCCAGGGCUGGGCAGUGCAGGGCAGCUCAGGACCCACAGCACAAACGUGACCAACAGGCAGAGGCAACGCACCGCAAGCCUGAGGAGAAUGAUCAGCACCUGCAAGGGGGGGCCCAGAAACGGGAGGCUGCUGAAAUGGGAAGUGUGCCCCCCGAGGUGGGUGAGCUCCCCACCCUCAGCAGCAGGAAGAGCCACAUGGAGCCUUUUGCUGUGGGCACCUCGCUGCAAACAAAUUCUUUGUGCCCUGUGCUGCGUGGAAACAGAGAUUGUGCAGAUGAAGCACUUGGGCAGUCCAGCUCACAGCAGCAGAGAGCAUCGGUGCCCUCGAGCCCCCUGCCCAGAGCUUCAGUUGGGGCAAUAGCUGCAAGAUACCUGCAAGAGGAGGAGCUGAGGUCCCAGAGCAUCACCGAGUGCCUGAAUCAUCACAUCGAGGAGCUGAAGCAAGCCAGUGAGGAGAUAGUGAGGCAGUUCUGGCAGCAGCGGUGAGGCUGCAGGCUGAGCCUGCUGCUGCCCGGCUCUGGCUGGCACAGUGCCACUGGAGCCGCAGCAGGAUGGCAGUGCUGCGGGUGUCCUGCUGGCAGGAGAGCAAACUCCUCUCUGCUGUCUUGCCUCUGCUGGAGGCUGUUACACCACAGACACUUGAGCAGCUUGCUGUAGGUCAGCAGGUUGCUUCCGAGGUCUGUUUGUGCCCUUUUAAUGCAGAGGAGGUUUGUGGUGUGUUUUAUAGACAUGAAGCCCUGAAAUAAACCAGAAUGGGAAAA